CAACCACGAACGAACCAAUCCAUCACGGCAUCCUCUUGACAUCCUUCUAUAAUAACCACCGAGAACACUAAAAUGACUACUGCCACUGUCGAUCUCACUCCCUCCAAGAAGGUUGCCAACACUCUUUCCGGUCUUGAGCUCAGCAAGGAUGAUGGAAAGGACCUCCGCGCCGCCUGGGCCAAGGUCUUGAAGGAGACUGGGUCUAAGGUCGAGGAGAAGGACACCAAGGAGAAGGCUGCCGAGAACGAUGAUGACUUUGAGCCUCUCUUGGUUGAGAACGAGAAGCGCUUCGUUCUUUUCCCCAUCAAGUACCACGAGAUCUGGCAAAUGUACAAGAAGGCCGAGGCCUCUUUCUGGACUGCUGAGGAGAUGGACUUGUCCAAGGAUCUGCACGACUGGGAGAACAGAUUGAACGAUGACGAGCGUUUCUUUAUCUCCCACGUUCUUGCUUUCUUCGCUGCCUCUGACGGUAUCGUCAACGAGAACCUCCUCGAGCGUUUCUCCAACGAAGUUCAGGUCCCUGAGGCUCGUUGUUUCUACGGUUUCCAGAUCAUGAUGGAGAACAUCCACUCCGAGACUUACUCCCUUUUGAUCGACACCUACAUCAAGGAGCCUGCUCAGCGCACUUACCUUUUCGACGCCAUUGAGACUAUUCCUUGCAUCAGGCAGAAGGCUCAGUGGGCCUUGACGUGGAUUUCUGACAAGAACUCUACCUUCGCCACUCGUCUCGUCGCUUUCGCUGCUGUUGAGGGUAUUUUCUUCUCUGGUUCCUUCGCCUCUAUCUUCUGGUUGAAGAAGCGUGGUCUCAUGCCUGGAUUGACCUUCUCCAACGAGCUUAUCUCUCGUGACGAGGGUCUCCACACCGACUUUGCCUGCUUGCUCUUCUCUCACUUGCGCAAGCGUCCUUCCAAGAAGGUCGUCGAGGACAUCAUCACCGAGGCCGUCAAGAUCGAGCAGGCCUUCUUGACCGAGUCUCUGCCCGUCCCUCUCCUCGGUAUCAACGCCAAGCUCAUGGAGCAGUACAUCGAGUUCGUCGCUGACCGUCUCCUCGUUGCCUUGGGUAACGACAAGUACUACAACGCCACCAACCCCUUCGACUUCAUGGAGAACAUCUCCUUGGCCGGUAAGACCAACUUCUUCGAGAAGCGUGUCUCUGACUACCAGAAGGCCGGUGUCAUGGCUGGACAGGAGCGCAACGCUGGUGAGGCCACAGGAAAGGGAGCUCACGACUUCGCCUUCGACGAGGACUUCUAAACGUCUCGCCCCUGGUGUUUUCGGUUCUUAUGCGGGCAAUGCUGGUUCGUUGCUCAAAUUUUGUGCUUUCCUGUGUGUGCUUCGGAGUUAAUGAUAUCACGGCGUAUGGGUCUUUCUUGUUUUUUUUAUUGAUCGUUCUUAUGGACAAUCGCGUUUCAUCCUUCAAUCGUUCAACCUAG